CCAUGUUUGUCUUACAUUGCAACCACGCCUGCAAAGCAAAAGCACUUCCAGAAAACGCCAUUCUCAUAACAGUUCCUUAAACAAGACAACAAUAAUUCAUGCACCACUUUCAUUUCAUCAAUAUAACUUUUUCAACUUCUCUCUUUAUCUCUUUAUAUUCUCAACUAAUUUCACUCACACACACUCACAAUAGCAAUUUCAAUACACACUCCCUUUGCUUGCACAGAAGAAAAUGUCCAAAACUGUGGUAGAUGACUGUCGUGGUGUCCUUCAGGUCUAUAGCGACGGUUCCAUAGUUCGCGCUUCGCACCCCGCCUUCAACGUCCCCUACCACGACGACGGUACUGUUUUGUGGAAAGAUGUUGUUUUUGACCCUGCAAACGACCUUCAACUUCGGCUCUAUAAGCCAGCCGAUUCAACUGGCUCCAAGCUUCCCAUUUUUUAUUACUUCCAUGGCGGUGGCUUCUGCAUCGGCUCGCGGACUUGGCUAAAUUGCCAAAACUAUUGCUCGCAGCUAGCUUGUCAGCUUCGAGCUGUUGUUGUUGCUCCUGAUUAUCGGCUCGGGCCGGAGAACCGGCUCCCAGCCGCAAUUGAGGAUGGUUACACAGCUCUAACGUGGCUUCGAGACCAAGCUGUGAGCGCUGAUCUGGACCCGUGGUUGAGCGAUGUGGCUGAUUUUAGCCGGGUUUUUAUUUCAGGUGACUCGGCUGGUGGUAACACAGCUCACAAUUUAGCAGCUCGGCUUGGGUUUGGGUCGCCCGAGUUGGCGCCGGUUCGGGUUAGGGGUUAUGUUAUGCUGGCACCUUUCUUUGGUGGAACUGUCCUAACCAAGUCAGAAGCUGAAGGGCCAAAAGAUGCUUUUCUCAAUUUAGAACUUAUUGACAGGUUUUGGAGGCUUUCUUUACCUAUUGGGGACAAUACUGAUCACCCCCUUGUGAAUCCAUUUGGACCUCGUAGUAAGAGUCUUGAAGAAAUUGAUCUUGACCCAAUUCUGGUGGUGGUUGGAGAAAAAGAUUUGCUUAAAGACAGGGCAAAAGAUUAUACAAUGAGGCUUAAGAAUUGGGGUAAAGAUAUAGAGUAUGUGGAAUUUGAAGGACAACAACAUGGGUUCUUCACUAUUGAUCCCAAUUCGGAACCAUCAAAGAAGUUGAUGUUGCUCAUCAAACAAUUCAUAGAGAAGUAUUCAGGCAAAGAUUAAGUGUUUCAUUUCACAUGCUGCUGAAACAUGGAUUAUUGUUUAUUGAGCUGUUUCACUAGUGAGUAUCAACAAGCAAGUUGAUGUUGAUCAUUAGGAAAUUUAUAUGUUUCAGAUAGGAAUGUUGACAAGUAAUUGAAGGGCCAAAAAUAACACUCAAGGAAUCAAGUGUGCAAUAUCCAAAAGCUGUGUUGAAUAAAAACAAUAAAAUUAAACUUCC